GCGGGCCGGGGGCUCGGCGGGGCCUGGCGGGGCUGCGUCCUUCGGAGGGGCGGAGCCGCCGCCGUCCAGCCCGCCCCGCGCUCCUCCCGGGGGUAUUUGAGGCGGCGGCCAGGCCGGGAGUGACUCAGACGCGUCGCCGUCAGUCGGAGGGCCGCGCCAGCUUCUCGUCGCCCGCCCGCUCGCCGCCGCCGCCGCCGCCAUGGAGACCCCCGCCGGGCAGAAGCGCGGCCUCCGCAGCGGGGCCACCUCGACGCCGCUCUCGCCCGCGCGCAUCACCCGCCUGCAGGAGAAGGAGGACCUGCAGGAGCUGAACGACCGGCUGGCCGUCUACAUCGACAAGGUGCGCUCGCUGGAGUCGGAGAACGCGGGGCUGCGGCUGCGCAUCACCGAGUCGGAGGAGGAGGUCAGCCGCGAGGUGGUCGGCAUCAAGGCGGCCUACGAGGCCGAGCUGAACGACGCCCGCAAGACGCUGGACUCGGUGGCCAAGGAGCGCGCCCGGCUCCAGCUGGAGCUCACCAAGGUCCGCGAGGACUUCAAGGAGCUCAAGGCCAGGAACGCCAAGAAGGAAGGAGACCUGCUCGCCGCCCAGGCCCGCCUGAAGGAUGUGGAGGCUCUGCUCAACUCCAAAGAGGCUGCGCUCACCACGGCCUUGGGCGAGAAGCGCAAUGUGGAGGCCGAAGUCCGUGACCUCAGAGGCCAGCUGGCCAAGUUGGAGACGGCCUUGGCCGACGUCAAGAAGCAGCUGCAGGACGAAAUGCUGCGGCGGGUGGAUGCAGAGAACAGGCUGCAGACCCUGAAGGAGGAGUUGGACUUCCAGAAGAACAUCUACAGCGAGGAGCUCCGCGAGACCAAGCGCCGCCACGAGACGCGCCUGGUGGAGAUCGACAACGGGCGCCAGCGCGAGUUCGAGAACAAGCUGGCCGACGCGCUGCAGGACCUCCGUGGGCAGCACGAGGCCCAGGUCAAGCUCUACAAGGACGAGCUGGAGAAGACCUACGCGGCCAAGCUGGAGAACGCCAAGCAGUCGGCCGAGCGGAACAGCAACAUGGCCGGGGCGGCUCACGAGGAGCUUCAGCAGACCCGGAUCCGCAUCGACAGCCUCUCCGCCCAGCUCAGCCAGCUGCAGAAGCAGUUGGCGGCCAAGGAGGCGAAGCUGCGGGACCUGGAGGACGCCCUGGCCAGGGAGCGGGAUACCAGCCGCCGCAUCCUGGCGGACAAGGAGCGGGAGAUGGCCGAGAUGCGGGCCCGCAUGCAGCAGCAGCUGGACGAGUACCAGGAGCUGCUGGACAUCAAGUUGGCCCUGGACAUGGAGAUCAACGCCUACCGCAAACUCCUGGAGGGCGAGGAGGAGAGGUUGCGCCUCUCUCCCAGCCCCUCCUCCCAGAAGAGCGGCUCUCGCAUCCGCGUCUCUUCCUCCGGGCAAAGCUCCACCAAGAAAAGGAAGCUGGAGGACGGCGAGAGCCGAACCAGCUUCUCCCAGCAUGCCCGGACCAGCGGCCGCGUGGCCGUGGAGGAGGUGGACCUGGAGGGCAAGUUUGUCCGGCUGAGGAAUAAGUCCAAUGAGGACCAGUCGCUGGGAAACUGGCAGAUCAAGCGCCAGAAUGGAGAAGACGCCCCCAUAAGCUACAGGUUCCCUCCUAAAUUCACCUUGAAGGCCAACCAGCUGGUCACGAUCUGGGCUGCGGGUGCGGGGGUGUCCCACAACCCCCCCACGGACAUGGUCUGGAAGAACCAAAGCUCCUGGGGCUCCGGCGACAGCCUGCGCACGGCCCUGCUCACCUCCAGUGGAGAGGAGGUGGCCAUGCGGAAGUUGGUGCGCACAAUUGUUGUCAAUGAUGAGGAGGAAGAGGAUGAUGAGGACGGCAUCCAUGGCCACCAUCACCAUAGCCACUGCAGCGGCAGCGGAGAUCCGGGCGAGUACAACCUGCGCUCCCGCACGGUGUUGUGUGGGACGUGCGGGCAGCCGGCAGAGAAGUCCUCCGGGGCCACGAAUGUGGGCACCAGCACCAUGUCUACCGGCUCCUCCUCCUCCAGCCUGACCAUCACGCGCAGCUACCGCAGCGGAGGCACCAACCUCGGGGAGAGCCUCCUGCCCCGCUCUUACAUCCUGGGCAGCUCCACCCCACGCCAGCAGGUUCCUUCCAACUGCAGCAUCAUGUAACCGUCCGACGUUCCCCGACAUGCACUCAACGCUUCAUGAAGCUCUCUAUCCUUAACACGCUCAGAAAAAAAAAAGAGGAAACCAUUUUUUUAAAAAAAGUUAUUUUCUAUGCAAGAAUUUAUACUUUAUUAUAUAUAUAUAUAUCUCUAUAUAUCUCUCUCUAUAUAAAUACGCUAAAGAUGCUUCAGGGUUUUUUAAGGGGGUUUGGGGAGGUCUUUUUUUUUUUUUUCUACCGCGAAAGUUUAAAAGGAGCCCUGCCAAAGAGGUUGCGAUGUAUGGCUGCCAAAACGAGAAAAGUAGUCCUGGAAUUUUAAUGUUUUCCUUCCGGUAAGGGGGGAGCGUGCAAAAAGGCAUGGUACGUGCGUACGUGUGUGUGUGUGUGUGCGUGUGUGUGUGUGUCCAUGUGUGUGUGUGUGUGUCCUUGAAUACCAAAGCUUUCUUUUUGAAAAACGAAAGAGAAAAAAAAAAUAUCUCAAAAGGUUUUUUUCUUCCGUCUGGGCCAGAGUUUGUCAACUUCAUUAACUUUAAGAUGGGUGGACUUCAACUCCCAGAAUUCCCCCCCCCCCGCCCCCCCCCCCCCCCCCCAUCUUAAAGUUGCAGAGGUUGUGAAACGCUGCUCCAGGGUAAACUCCUUAAACGUGUUGCACUUAACUAUCUCCCUGUGAGGGGUGUUGACCACUAACUAACUCGGCUUAACUCCUGCCUUGGCUCCCCAGCGAUCCAUGAUGCACUUGAGCGAAAGAGUCCAACUCUUUUGAAGACACUACAAAGCCAAGAGUUUUGUUUCCAUUUUGAAGAAUGGGAGGGAGGGAAGGCUUCCAUGCCGAACCCAUUUGGGGUUGCAGUGAUACGUGGGGUUGGGGAAUGUCCCCUAUUAGGGUUCUCAACUCUGGCAAGUUUAAGAUGGAUGAACUUCAACUCCCAGAAUUCCCCAGGCCAGUUAUUGGGGGGGGGGGGGAAAGACUGCGGCAUCCUGGGAGUUGAAGUCCACCGGCUUUAAAAUCGCCACGGUUGAGAACCGUGAAUUUAAUCCACUCCAGCCCAAAUCAGGUGGUUUAAUACCUGCAUUAAAAACACUUUAAGAGGCACUAAUUCAGGGAUUCUUGAAUUAAAAUCCAAAUUACCCUUACUUUAGAUCGGAGGGAUCUUCAACCUUGACAGCUUUAAGGCUUGUGGACUUCAACUCCCAGAAUUCCUCCUCUUCCUCCAGGCAGGUUAGCUCAGGAAUUCUGGGAGUUGAAGUCCACAAGUCUUAAAACUUGCCAAGUUGGAAGACCCUUGAUGUAGAACUUCUAAAAAUAUCUGCUCUGCAUUGCUCUCUCUUCCAAAAAAGCCAGGUGUUUCAGGGAGCUCCCCCCCCCCCUUCCAAUUCAGGACGACUUUGUACUUUUUAAACAAAAUUUGAUUUCACUCCCCCUUCC